CGUUUGCUUUGCGAUACUCCAUGUGCUUUACUUACCCCAUGAGGGUCAUGCGCGAAUCACGAUAGAACCAAUACAACAGCAACACGUUUACACGCUCCUUUUCUUAACAGCUGGCCUGCCAUUCCCACGAAUUUCCAUCUAUAAGUAGAGAGGUUUGGUUUUAGCAUCAAACCAUAAUCGGUUGAUAGCCUCCAUCAGCGUUUUCAGAAAGGCGGGUUUCUUUUUUGAAACUUAAGCGACUGCGUUUUGAAUUUUGAUCUUCCAUUUUUGCAAAAGGAAAUCUUCGAUUAUGGCUGAAGACGAAGACAACCAACAAGGGCAGGGGGAGGGGUUAAAAUAUUUGGGUUUUGUGCAAGACGCGGCAACUUAUGCUGUGACUACCUUCUCAAACGUCUAUCUUUUUGCCAAAGACAAAUCUGGUCCACUGCAGCCUGGUGUCGAUAUCAUUGAGGGUCCGGUGAAGAACGUGGCUGUACCUCUCUAUAAUAGGUUCAGUUAUAUUCCCAAUGGAGCUCUCAAGUUUGUAGACAGCACGGUUGAUGCAUCUGUCACUAUUAUAGAUCGCUCUCUUCCCCCAAUUGUCAAGGACGCAUCUAUCCAAGUUGUUUCAGCAAUUCGAGCUGCCCCAGAAGCUGCUCGUUCUCUGGCUUCUUCUUUGCCUGGGCAGACCAAGAUACUUGCUAAGGUGUUUUAUGGAGAGAAUUGAGCCCCAAUUUGCACCAAUUGCUUCCAACUAAGCAAGAUAAUGAUAUGCUCAAGAAUAUAUAUCUAUUGUGAGCUUUUUUUAUGUUCUCAUCCUGAGUGUUGAGACUAUGUUUUCGUUUGAAUAUUAAACUGUGUUUUAUUAUGUGUUUUGAAUAUUCAUAAUGAGAAUAAAGGGCCAAUUGAAUUAUUGGCCAAUAUGUAAUGAUACAUAAAUUUCGUGAUUGAGUUGGAGGAGGUUUUAUUAAGAACAAUGGAUUAAAAUAAUGUAAAAAAUACUUGUCUUUCUUUUCUUUUGUUUUGUGUUCUGUUUGAAUCUAUUCAAAAUUCGGAUGGAUGGAUGAAAUGAAAGAGUGUAACAAGUGUGUUAUGCGAUGU